UUUGGGUGCCGCGUUCAACGCAACUGCUAAAAACGGCGCGCGUCGACCCUGGUCUUCGUCCUCUUCCUCCUCCUCCUCCUCUUCUUCUUCGCGCGAUCGAUCCGAGGCCUUUUGAAGCCAAGAACAUUGAUGAAUCCCCGCCGUUCCAAAUCCGUGAAGCUCGUUUCGCCUCUUUCGAAGCAUAUAGAAGUAGAGAUCGAGGAGAGCUCGCCGAUGAAUUCCUCGGUGGACAACACGGUCUACUGCUGCGUCGCCAAGGGGAGUAAAAUUCUCUACUCAUACAACACCAAGGGCCGCGAGCUCGAAACCCUAGCCGCCCUGUGCCUCGAGCACACCCCGCCGCACCACAAAUGGUUCUUCCACACGGUCGGCAUACGGACUUUCGGGUACUUGAUGGUCGACAAUUACACCUACUUUGCAAUCGUCGACCCUAGUGUGGGCAACUUGGGCACCCUUCGUUUCUUGAAGCACAUUCGCGAGGGAUUCGAAAACGCCUCCAAAAACGGGUUUCACGACACGUUGGUGCCGAUCAUUCAAAGGCUGAUUACUUCGCUCGAGAAGAUGCCUCGAUCCUCGUUUCUCGACUACGAGAUUUGCGAAGAGGGCGACACGGGCGAUGGAUCGACGUCAUCUAAGGCGCCUUUGCUGGUGAAGAGCGGCAGCAAGACGGACAGGAAGAAGAUGAAGGAGAAGCCAGUCGAUGAGGCGGGCGUCGCAGAAGACCACGCUAAUAGAUCCAUCAAGAUUAAUAUGCCGGUACAAGAGGGAGGAGGUAUGUCGAUCGAGAGGAGCUCGAGCUCGAAUAGGACUCGUCGACAGCAGUCGGGCAAGAGGCUAUGGUGGCGACAUGUGAAGAUCGUUGUCGCGGUCGAUAUUAUCUUGUGCUUGGUGUUGUUCGGUGUUUGGUUGGGGGUUUGCAAGGGCUUCCAGUGUCUUUCAGGUACAUAGAAGGAUCUUUAAAUGAAUAAAACCAUUGCAGGUUCUUUGAGAAAUGGAAGUACAGGAAUUUGUUCGAUUUGCACGAGUCGAAAUUUUUCUUUGUUGAAAAGAAACAGUCAAAUACCUACCAACUGAUCGACAAGAGUGAACAGGGUAUCAUACACGGAGAUUCACUUGGCGCGGUGAAGGUUCGCCAUUGCGAAAAAUGUGUAAUUGGUUCAAUCCUUUGUGCAUAGAUGUAUUGUAGUAUUACAUAAGCAUGGUAUGUGUUGCUGCUCCUUUUCUCUUGUUUCACUUCCUACUGUGAAGCUUUUGCGCAUUUACUCGAACAGGAAUUGGUGUAGAAUGAUAAUGGAGAAUAUAAGCUGAAUUUGAUGUGUAUCCUCUUUUUAUA